UCAGCUUUAUAACAGUUUUUUGUGAAGCUUUUCAUAUCUCGGUAACUGACGCUUACGGUUAAGGUCCAUGAGCUUGAUGUCCUUUUUUCCAAUUUUCUAGGUGGUGUCAGUCUGGCGCCAUAUGAAAUAGAAAGCGAUGAGCUCAGUGAUAGUGAUUCUCCACAUGCUGAACCAGUAAAUGAAGAUGUGUUGAAAGAUAGAAAUGAAAUUGAUUAUAGUAAUUCUGAACCGGGAGACUAGCCGAAGAUCGUUUACUAGCAGAUAUUGAGAAGAUGAACGAGACCAGAAAAAGAAAGAAGAUCCAGCUGAAUGGAAACGUUUGAAAAAUAAGCAACUUAGAAUGGAAGGUAAAGGAUACUUGGGUUAUAGGAAAAAGAAAGGCGAAAAAAUAGUACACGAUACAAUCAGAAGGGAAAGAGAGAUGGGAAUGGCUUGUAACUCAGCAAGAUGUAACAAGAGCAAAAAUAAGAACUGUUUCAAGUUCAAAGAGGAAACCAGAAAAAAUAUAUUCAAAAAAUUCUGGAAUGAAAUGAACUGGGCACAAAGAAAAGUGUUUAUAUCCUCAAAUGUCUUUAAAGGAAAAAAGGCUAGAGGUGAAGAAACAUCAAGAAGACAAAGUACCUAUACAUAUUUUUUAAACAAUGGGGAAGAGCAGCUUCAAGUAUGUAGGAAAAUGUUUGUCAAUACAUUAGAUAUAGGAUAUAAGACAAUUCAAGAGUGGGUUUCUAAGAGUUCUUAUGGCAUGGGCACAGAUAUAGUACAAAAAGAUAGAUUGAGCUAUAAUAAAGCACGAUACUCCAAGCAAUAUGACCAUUUAAGGAUGUUUUUAAAUAAACUACCAAAAUUGCCAGCCCGCUAUUGUAGAAAGGAGACUACAAAAUUAUACCUAGAGGAAACGUUCCAAAGUAUAUGAAGACUUUUGCAAGGGAAAUGGGGAAAUAGAAGAUAUGAAGCCACUUAACCGAAAAAUAUUCAGAAAAACAUUUAACGAAAAAAAUCUUUCACUGUUCCAGCCUAAAAAGGACCAAUGCAAUGUUUGUUUUUCAUAUAAGUAUAAUAACACUGAUGAAGAAAAAUAUAGAAUUCACAUUGCAAACAAAAAUAGAGCAAGGCAGGAGAAGGCAAAGGAUAAAGAUCUGGCAGAGAACGGCUCAUGUAUUGUGUUGAGCAUGGACUUGCAAGCUGUCAAAUUAUCACCUUGUCUCCCUGCAAACAAAACCUAUUUCAAGACAAAGCUGUG